AUGAUUUUGGCUACGAAUAAUAAAACAUCUUAUCCACUUGUUAGCCUCGUCACUGCUGUUGAUGGUAAUACAGCCACUUACUUUGUUAUUUAUGAAGAGAAUAAAGUUCCUACAACAGAAUGUUUAAGCGCACCAAUCACUUGUUUUGUUGAUCAGCCAAUUAAUUCACCUUUUACUUCACUUUCUCAACCUCCAAUAAUGGCACCAUAUGGCAUGAAUGAUACACUUAAUAUUAAUCCUCAUCUAAGAUUUUAUGUUUGCGAAUAUAGUAACAAUGAUGCCUACUCUUAUAAGUGGGCAGUGGGAUAUGCUCAAGUAGCAUAUAAACUUGUUUUUGGAUUGGAGUGUGCAAAAUUUACUCUUAUACUUUUCUUUGGUCAAUGUUUAGCUAAUUGUCAUCAAUAUUAUCUUAUAAACUUUAUCAACGAUUCAAUUAUUUGGAUCAUGAUAUUUUUGCUUAAAAGAAAGUAUCCCCAACUUGAAGAAGCUUGGAAUGCUUUGGAUGAAGCUGUUGAACACAAACCAAAAAGACAUUUGUUGCGAAUUUUCUGUAAUACUUUCCUCCAUUCGAUACCGAUGAUAGUUUUAACAAUCCAGAGUAUAAGUUUUCGUUUCAAUAUGGCACAUCAGCCUCCAUCUGCUUUAUCUAUUGUUGGUUGCGUGUUUUCCUUGAUUGCAAUAUGUUACAAUCUAUGGCAACUAGCAGAUAGUGCACAUAAUAAACUUAAAAAAAUUCAAAAAUCAGGUAUGGACGAUAAAGAAGCGAAUGAAGAAGAUGUGUAUAUAGUUUCGAAGAUUGCUUCUUUUUUUACAUGCUGUGAGAUUGUUUCUAAUCCUUCUAACUGA